AAGAGCCCGAGUCUGUGUAGUGUCUGCUUCCUCCUCUGGCUGACGGGAGAGUUCCGGGCGUACUGUACGUACGUUGGCCGGGAGAGAGUGUCCUUCUCUAUGACUGACGUCUGCUAGUUAGCUUCUAGCUAGGGGUGCGCUGCUCCCUCCUCACCCCGGUGUGACUCCCGUGUGUAGCCUGACACUCUCCGCUCCCUCAGCGUGUGUCAGCAUGGAGUGUGAGUGAGCAGGGCUGGCAGGGGGAGACACGCAGAGGAUAAGGCACAGUAAGGAUGAUCAGAGGAGCUUUGUGAGGGUACCAGCAGAUAGAGCCUCAGAGCAGCGCCAAAGCAAGCACCGACAGCAUCAGCAGGGAGCGGAGACACUCGUCACACCCCGUGCAGCUGAGCAUGGAAGGGGAGCAGCAGCAGGAGGAGAACGGCUUCCAGCCCGGCACAGGGGUGCACGGCAAUGGCAGCCCCCAGGGGACAGCUCUGCAUGGGCGUGACAUGAAAGCUAUCCCUCUACACCUGGAGGAGAGCGUCUGCCAGCAAGCAGAGCAUUCCCCCCCUGCAUCUCCAUUGCCUCCGCCCAUAUUCCUUUAUCCAGGUGCAAGGAGGCACAAGCAGCAUGUGAGAUCUGCCCCCUGCAGUGCUCCUGAAGCUGGGGUGCAGCUCCUACACGAAUACUCCCGCGCCUCUCCCUCCUCUUCCUUGUCCUCAUCUUCCUCAUCCCAGCCAGGGAACCCAGACCUCCCAUCACCCGGACCAGGGGCUCUUUCCCCCACAUCCUCCCUGCAGCUCAUGAUGCUGAUGAUGAAUUACACGGGGCCAGGCAGUGCGGGCACCAACAGUACAGACAAAGUGCAGAAAAACUCUUGGGAGGAUUUGACAGAGUUGAUGGAGCAAAUGCGUCAUGAUACAGAAGAUCCCAAUUAUCUUAUGGCCAACGAACGGAUGAACCUCAUGAAUAUGGCAAAGUUGAGUAUAAAGGGUUUAAUUGAGUCUGCUUUGAAUCUUGGUCGGACCCUGGACUCGGACUAUGCACCUUUGCAGCAGUUCUUUGUGGUGAUGGAACACUGUCUGAAACAUGGAUUAAAAGGUAAGAAGACGUUUCUAGGACAGAAUAAAUCAUUCUGGGGACCUCUGGAACUUGUGGAGAAACUUGUACCUGAAGCGUCAGAAAUCACAGCUAGUGUGAAGGACCUACCUGGGCUCAAGACACCUGUGGGCAGAGGCCGAGCCUGGCUGCGUUUAGCGCUGAUGCAGAAAAAACUUUCCGAGUACAUGAAAGCCCUUAUCAAUAGAAAAGAUCUUCUGAGUGAAUUUUAUGAGCCCAAUGCACUAAUGAUGGAAGAGGAAGGCGCCAUCAUUUCUGGGCUUCUGGUUGGACUCAAUGUGAUUGAUGCUAAUUUUUGUAUGAAAGGAGAAGACCUAGAUUCUCAGGUUGGAGUGAUUGAUUUUUCAAUGUACUUAAAAGAAGGCCCCAUAACUAAGUGCAGUGAAGGAGAUGGCCAGAUAACUGCCAUACUUGAUCAGAAGAAUUAUGUAGAAGAACUCAACAGACAACUAAGUGCAACUGUCAACAACUUGCAGGCAAAGGUGGACGCAUUAGAGAAAUCCAAUACAAAGUUAACUGAGGAGCUUGCUGUGGCAAACAACCGAAUCAUUACCAUGCAGGAGGAGAUGGAGAGGAUGAAAGAUGACGGUUCUUACUAUUUUAAGGGAAACAAGCAAGAGAGGACUGCUGAUGCACAGAUGCUUGGUGAAGUCAGGAAGCACUUAAAGGAAGAAACCCAGUUGCGACUGGAUGUAGAGAAGGAACUAGAGGUACAGAUAGGAAUAAGGCAAGAGAUGGAGAUGGCCAUGAAAAUGCUGGAUAAGGAUGUGUGUGAUAAGCAAGAUACUCUAGCAGCACUCAGACAGCAGCUUGAUGAUCUCAGGGCCUUAAAACAUGAACUCUCCUUUAAACUGCAGAGCUCAGACCUUGCAGUGAAACAGAAAAGUGAGUUGAACAGUCGUUUAGAAGAGAAGACCAGUCAGAUGGCAGCUACCAUUAAACAGCUGGAGCAGAGGUUGCGAGUUGUGGAGCGAGAUCGUCUGGCAGCUGAGGAAGCCAACCGACUUUUCAAGCAAGAGUUUGGAGACAAGAUUGAGAGUCUACAGAUGGAAGUGGAUCAGCUCCGAAAGCAGCGUUCUCAUUAUGAAUCUGAACUGAAGAAGGAACGAAGCAGACGCUCUUCUGGAAAUCAAAGAGAGAAAGAAUCCCCUGAAAAUAAAUAUACACCUUUGAGAAUACCACAACUUCUCCAAAAAAGCACAGUGAAAACGAAUGCACAACAUAAAGGAAUGGAUGAAAAGAUGAGAGCAGCUGUGAAUGAAGCCCACAACACCACUCAAAACAAUUCACUGUCUUCUUCUGUUAACCACGAAAUUGAGGAUCAAGAGAGUGAAAAGAAGAUACUUCAAAUGUGCCAGCUGUGUCGGGAGGAAUCCAGUAUAUUGCUUACUAAGAACGAGUGCAAGAAUUGUGGUGGGAUAUUUUGCUCCACAUGUUCAUCCAAUGAGAUUCCACUUCCUUCUUCCAUUAAUCCUGAGCGAGUCUGUAACCUCUGUCACAAGAAACUGAUACAGCAAUAUUGUAGCAGUCCAUCGUAAACACCAAUGUAUAGAUCAUGGACAAUACAGUGUGUGCAAUAUAUGGAAUAGACACUAAUCAGCACACCACAGCCAUCCACAUUUAUCAACCAUCUAGAAAUGGAUUUUCAGUGUUUUUCGGAAGAGCCAAUGACUAUUUAUCUGUAAACCUGAAAAUGUGUGCAUUCUUAAUGACAAAAUCUACCUUUAACAAUCUCCCUGUAUUAUAACAAGGAGCUCUGUCACAGAUGGGUGGGUGUACCAGUUUGUAAAACUUUUUGGCAUUUUUUUAAACUAAGGUGGAGAUUCAGUUAUAAUAAAUCACAGGUUAUGGGCCCUACACACUUGGCGAUCCGCCGCCGAGCUGCCCAACGGCGGCUACGGCCAACCCGGCAGCGGGGGGGGGGGGGGGGGUUUAGUUUCUUCACUCCUCCCGUCACCUGGCUCCAUAGCAGUGCAUGCUAAUAUGGACGAGAUUGUCCAUAUUGGCCUGCAUGCAUAAGCGACCCGGCACCAACGAUUAAUGAGUGCAUCGUUAAUCGUUGGUGCCUACACACUGCACGAUAUGAGAACAUUCAUAUAGUGCAGUGAGAUCUGUAAGUGUGUAGGGCCCAUUAUUCAGGAAGGAAAAUAAGGGAAGUUUUCCUUUUGAUUACCCGCAAUGUGAGCAGCGACUUUGCGCUUUGUUGUAACCCACACUUUUUGUUGUUUUUGACAUAGCACCUUCCUUUCAUUAAACAUAUUGCUGUUUAAAUGUU